GGGAGGUCUUUGGCUUUUUUUGGCGGAGCUGGGGCGCCGUCCGGAAGCGUUUCCAACUUUCCAGAAGUUUCUCGGGACGGGCAGGAGGGGGUGGGGACUGCCAUAUAUAGAUCCCAGGAGCGGGGGAACGGGCGAAGAGCAGAAUCGUGUCGUGGCUCGAGAGCGAGAGUCAGGUCCCGGCGCCAGCCCAGCCCGACCCAGAAUGAAAAAGGCAGGCAUUGACCUCCCUCUGAGGCAGUUUCCAGGCCCACCGUGGUGCACGAAAACCACCUCCUAGCCAUGCACUCCCUCCUGCUCCUCAGCGCCUUCUGCCUUCUUACCGUGGCCCUGACCGCCGAGGUGAAGAAACCUGCAGCUGCAGCAGCUCCUGGAACCGCAGAGAAGUUGAGCCCCAAGGCGGCCACGCUUGCUGAGCGCAGCGCCGGCCUGGCCUUCAGCCUGUACCAGGCCAUGGCCAAGGACCAGGCAGUGGAGAACAUCCUGGUGUCGCCCGUGGUGGUGGCCUCGUCGCUGGGGCUCGUGUCGCUGGGUGGCAAGGCGACCACGGCGUCGCAGGCCAAGGCAGUGCUGAGCGCUGAGCAGCUGCGCGACGAGGAGGUGCACACCGGCCUGGGCGAGCUGCUGCGCUCACUCAGCAACUCCACGGCGCGCAACGUGACUUGGAAGCUGGGCAGCCGCCUAUACGGACCCAGUUCCGUGAGCUUCGCUGAUGACUUCGUGCGCAGCAGCAAGCAGCACUACAACUGCGAGCACUCCAAGAUCAACUUCCGCGACAAGCGCAGCGCGCUGCAGUCCAUCAACGAGUGGGCCGCGCAGACCACAGACGGCAAGCUGCCUGAGGUCACCAAGGACGUGGAGCGCACGGACGGCGCCCUGCUAGUCAACGCCAUGUUCUUCAAGCCACACUGGGAUGAGAAAUUCCACCACAAGAUGGUAGACAACCGCGGCUUCAUGGUGACUCGGUCCUAUACCGUGGGUGUCAUGAUGAUGCACCGGACAGGCCUCUACAACUACUAUGACGACGAGAAGGAAAAGCUGCAAAUCGUGGAGAUGCCCCUGGCCCACAAGCUCUCCAGCCUCAUCAUCCUCAUGCCCCAUCACGUGGAGCCUCUGGAGCGCCUUGAAAAGCUGCUGACCAAAGAGCAGCUGAAGAUCUGGAUGGGGAAGAUGCAGAAGAAGGCUGUCGCCAUCUCCUUGCCCAAGGGUGUGGUGGAGGUGACCCAUGACCUGCAGAAACACCUGGCUGGGCUGGGCCUGACGGAGGCCAUUGACAAGAACAAGGCCGACUUGUCACGCAUGUCAGGCAAGAAGGACCUGUACCUGGCCAGCGUAUUCCAUGCCACCGCCUUUGAGUUGGACACAGAUGGCAACCCCUUUGACCAGGACAUCUAUGGGCGCGAGGAGCUGCGCAGUCCCAAGCUGUUCUACGCCGACCACCCCUUCAUCUUCCUGGUGCGGGACACCCAGAGCGGCUCCCUGCUGUUCAUUGGGCGCCUGGUCCGGCCUAAGGGUGACAAGAUGCGAGACGAGUUAUAGGGCCUCAGGGUGCACACAGGAUGGCAGGAGGCAGCCAAAGGCUCCUGAGACACAUGGGUGCUAUUGGGGUUUGGGGGGAGGUGAGGUACCAGCCUUGGAUACUCCAUGGGGUGGGGGUGGAAGAACAGACCAGGGUUCCCGUGUGCCUGAGCGGACCUUCCCAGCUAGAAUUCACUCCACUUGGACAUGGGCCCCAGAUACCAUGAUGCUGAGCUUGGAAACUCCACAUCCUGUGGGACCUGGGCCACAGUCAUCCUGCCUGCCCUCAAAGUCCCAGAUCAAGCCUGCCUCAAUCAGUGUUCAUAUUUAUAGCCAGGUACCUUUUCACCUGUGAGACCAAAUUGAGCUAGCGGGGUCAGCCAGCCCUCUUCUCCUGACGCCAAAACACCUCAGCCGCCUCCCUAGCUCUAUCCCAACCUCUCCCAACUAUAAAACUAGGUGCUGCAGCCCCUGGGACCAGGCACCCCCAGAAUGACCUGGCCGCAGUGAGGCAGAUCGAGAAAGAGCUCUCAGGAGGGGCUUCUGGGCAGACUCUGGUCAAGAAGCAUCGUGUCUGGCGUUGUGGGGAUGAACGUUUUGUUUUUGUUUCUUCCUUUUUUAGUUCUUCAAAGAUGCGGAGGGAAGGGGAAACAUGAGCCUUUGUUGCUAUCAAUCCAAGAACUUAUUUGUACAAUUUUUUUUUCAAUAAAACUUUUCCAAUGAAA